GGGGUCGGUAAAUAUUGGUGACGUCACACCGCCAAGAUGGCGGAGGGGGAGGAUGGCGGCUGGUGGCGGAGCUGGCUCCAGCAGAGCUACCAGGCCGUCAAGGAGAAGUCCACAGAGGCUCUGGAGUUCAUGAAGAGGGACCUGGCUGAGUUCACACAGGUGGUGCAGCACGACACGGCCUGCACCAUCGCCGCCACGGCCAGCGUGGUCAAGGACAGGCUGGCAAGGGCAGAGGGCUCGGGUGCCACAGAGAAGGUGAGGAAGGGCCUGUCUGACUUCCUGGGGGUCAUCUCGGACACCUUCGCUCCCUCUCCGGACAAGACCAUAGACUGUGACGUUAUCACCCUGAUGGCAACACCCUCGGGCACCACCGAGCCCUACGACAGUGCCAAGGCUCGUCUCUACAGCCUCCAGUCCGACCCAGCCACCUACUGCAACGAGCCCGAUGGCCCUGCUGAGCUGCUCGAGGCCUGGCUGGCCCAGUUCAGCCUGGAGGAGAAGAAAGGGGAGAUUGCAGAGCUGCUGGCCACCAGCCCUUCCAUCAGGGCACUCUACACCAAAAUGGUCCCUGUGGCUGUUUCCCACCUGGAGUUCUGGCAGCGCUACUUCUACAAACUGCAUUGCCUGGAGCAGGAUGAAGCCCGGAGGGAGGCUCUGAAGCAGCGAGCAGAGCAGAGCAUGCAGCAAGAGGAGCCAGGCUGGGAGGAGGAUGAAGAGGAGUUCUUGGGGAUGUCCCCCCUGCCUUGUGCAAACAUCACAUUUCCAGGAGCAGCACAGAAAGCACCCAGCCCAGAGGGACACCAGGCUGCUGCCCCCAAGGCUCCCUGUGGGCAGAGCUGGGCUGUGCUGCCCCCAGAGCAGGUGCCAGGGGAGCAGAGCCCCUCGGAGAGCAGCGACAGCACAUCCCUUGUGACUCAGAUUGCAAACCCUGCCCCUGUGCCUGCCACCCAGCUACAGACUGCAGCUGCAGCCCCAGAGCUCCGCCAGAGGCUGGUGGAGGCCACCUUGGAGGAGCAGAGCUCGCUGCCAAAGCCCCCAGAGGCUGCUCAGCCUUGUGCACCUGGCCAGCCUUCAGCAGCAUCCUCGGAGCUGGCAGCUGGAGCAGAGCCCAGAGAGAUGGAGAGCAGAGGGCAGGGCAGGACAGAGACUCUGAGGGAGGAGGGACCCACGGACCUGAGAGUCUUCGAGCUCAACUCGGACAGCGGCAAAUCCACCCCCUCCAACAACGGCAAGAAAGGCUCCAGCACGGAUAUCAGCGAGGACUGGGAAAAGGACUUUGAUCUGGACAUGACGGAGGAGGAGGUGCAGCUGGCACUGUCCAGGGUGGAAAUGUCUGGGGAGCUGGAAGAUGAAGAGUGGGAAGACUGGGAAUAAAGCAGCUGCUUGCAGUGUGUGUCACAGGCUCAUUUCCACCAUCCAGUGUGAACUCAGACUUGGACCAGCUGUUCCUUUGUGUGUGACUGUGCUGGGGCUGCACCCCCAGCCUGGAGGAGUUCCCAUUCCUGCAGAAACCUGGGGGCAACUCAGGUGACCCCUGCAGCUCCAGGAGGAGGAAGCAGGAGGUCACUGGCACACAGGAGCCCGACUUCUCCACAGGUCCUAGAGACUGGCCAAGCCAAAAGUGACCCUGAGGAGGCAGAGUGAGGGGUCCUGGGGCCAGCUGGGCACUCAGAGCCCUGCCAGGUGUGCUGGGUGCUGCCAGGCUGCCAGCUGGCUCCCUCCCUGCUCGUGUGUGCACGUGGAACCCUCACCUGAGAGGCUCCUGGACGUGGCUGUGCCUGCUCUGCUCACUGCUCUGCAAUUCCCACCCAGGGAGGGCCUGAGGGCUGCAGGUGCUGCACAAAAAGCACUUGGCUCGUGGCUUUGACCCUGGAAGGAGCCAAACCCCUGCCAAACCCUCAGCUUCUGCCUGGCUUUUUGUCUUGGAAGCUUUUUCUCAUGGAAAUUCCCAUUUCCAGCAGUUCCUCCAAGAGCCAAGGCCUGCUGCUCUCCCCCCCUUUGCAGCUGCAGCACCUUCCUGCUCUGGGUUUUGUGUCUUUCUAGUUAAAUUCUCCAAGGAGAAUCCUCGUGGCUCGCUCUUGCUGCUGGGCUGGCAGUGCUUUGGAUCAGGUGGGGACAGAACCUCUGUGUUGGUGGCACUGGUUUGGGUCAGUUUGGGACAGAACCCCAGUGUUGGCACUGGUUUGGGUCAGCUGGGGACAGAACCCCAAUGUUGGUGGCACUGGUUUGGGUCAGCUGGGGACAGAACCCCAGUGUUGGUGGCACUGGUUUGGGUCAGCUGGGGACAGAACCCCAGUGUUGGUGGCACUGGUUUGGGUCAGAUGGGGACAGAACCUCUGUGAUGGUGGCACUCGUUUGGGUCAGCUGGGGAUAGAACUUCAGUGUUGGUGGCACUGGUUUGGGUCAGCUGGGGACAGAACCCCAGUGUUGGUGGCACUGGUUUGGGUCAGAUGGGGACAGAACCUCUCAUGUUGGUGGCACUGGUUUGGGUCAGAUGAGGACAGAACCCCAGUGUUGGUGGCACUGGUUUGGGCUGGCAGUAAUUUGGGUCAGUUUGGGACAGAACCCCAGUGUUGGUGGCACUGGUUUGGGCUGGCAGUAAUUUGGGUCAGUUGGGGAAAGAACCCCAGUGUUGGUGGCCACUUCAGCCCUUGCAAAGGUCCAGCCUGGCCCAAAGACCACCUCAAUCUCAGCCUGGCCAGUCUGGGGGGACAGAGGCUCCCAAACUGGGGUGUCCCUGUUGUGUGUCCCCAUCUGAGCCCUGUCCCACCCGUGCCAGCCCUGCAGCCACCACGAGCUUUGGGUUCCUUCACUCAACCCCUGGCACUGUUUGCUUCACUCCUUCAGCCCCAUAGCUCCUUUUUGGGGCAGUUUCAUGUCACAAGAGGAGAUGUUGCUCCUGCACAGUUACCCCAAGGGGACAGAGCCCUCCCUGGCCUUUGGGGUGCUGGGGUGACACUUUCUGCCUUUGUCCUGGGGGUUUCCUGCUGCCUUUGGACAGCACCAAACAAGGUGCACUUGGAAGAGUUGGGGUUUUGGGGUUGGCUUUUCCUUCUUUAGGUGGGAGCAUCCCUGUCCUGCCACAGCCCUGGGUCCAGCAGAGCCUCUCCUUGUCCUGGCUGGGAUUGUGGAGGGCAGGGGACACAGGGGACAUCAAUGGGGACAUCCCCAGCUGGUCCCACAGCAGAGCUCGAGGCUGCAGCAUCUGUGUCACUUUCUUUCCUUCUUUUAGUGGAAUUAACCGUGGGGUUGGUUGUGCAAUAUUCUCUCUGUUCUUGAACUAUUCCACAUCUCCCUGAGCCUUUUCUAGCUGGGGUGACAAACCAGGAACAAUUCUAACAGCUGCUGGUAGUUUUGUAACAAAGACUUUCUCCAAACCUUUUACAGACUUGCAGUUAACAGCGAUUAAAGGAGUUCUCAGAGUC